AUGUCGUCUGCCCUCGAACGACUGCCCAACGAGCUGCUGGAUCACAUUAUCUCGUACCUAGCGACGAGACCACCCUCCCUCACUCAAUUCCAUCAGCCUCCCAGUCGCUAUGGCACUCAGCCCCAGAGCAGGAGUCUCAAGCACCUGGCACAGGUCUCGUCGCGAUUUCUGAACCUCGUACGACCCCAGCUGUUUACCUGUGCAUGUCUGGAGCUAGAAGAUGAGCUCGAUUUUAUCGCUUUCAUCAUAAGAACCGGUCUCAAUCGCUAUGUUACCUCUCUCAUGGCCAUUACUGUAAAUGCUUCGGCCGACCCAGCCGACCAAGGCUGGUGGCGCAGGGUUCUCCGCUAUUUGGAUCCAGCUUGUGUGACGGUCCUAGCCCCGCCGACCUUCAUCGGCAAUAUGCUGAACACUCCGAUCAUGGAUGGCCACAGCUGGGCAUUUGACAUCCAACUGCAGAUGCUCCAACUGGAGAGACACAAUCCAAUUCCCGACUUGUCUCAGUCGCUGAACGUGGAGAACUGUAAAAGCCUGCUGGACAUACAGCCAUGGACAUCCUUGUCCUUUAACGAGUCCUCCUCCCUCCGAGCCUACAAUCACUAUGAGUACUUCCUUUCCCGGGUCCCAUCUGUAAUCGGGCAGUGGGGAGUACGACUGACGCCUCGGGAGUCUCCAUCCUUAGAGCUACCCACAGCCCUCCACGGGUUAACACAUUUCUCCUAUACGGCCGUGUUCCCAUUUUAUAACCAUGUCAAGCUCGUCCUCGAUGCACUGGCCAGUAUGCCCAAACUACGCGUUCUGCGCAUGCAAUUAGCUCCCGAUGCAAAUAACCAUAUCACCGAGGUCGAGCAGCGAGGAUCCAUGGACCCCAACGACCCAUGGAUGGAACUUGCGACCUCGUAUUCUUUGAUUGGCUUCGAAGUAAACGCCAAGUCCUCGCUGGUAGAGUUCAGGAGCGGUGACUUUCACCUCGAAGCUAUACGCUCCGAGUUAUCUCAGAUCUUGGAGGAUUCUCUGGGCGCAACGGGCUGGAUCCACGAUGGCCCUGCAUUAUGGAAACGAAUAGUGCCACGGGAGUAA